GUCAGAGUUCGCAACUCGAGCGCCCAGAGGGCUCGCGAAAAGUCCCAGCCUGCAAGCCAACCGCGCUCAGCUGGCGACUGGCCGGAUCCCAGUGCGCUGCCCCUCGCCCAGCCUGCGAGCGCGUGGUACGAAGGCGCGUCUGCAUCCAUGCCCCAGCCAGGGGAGCUGGAGGCGCUCGCAGUCAGAGGCGAGUGAUGCUAGGCUGAGCGCGUGGCGGCCCGUGUGGUGCCCCGCUGAGUCAAGUGCGGAAGGACAGCGGCGCGCUCCAGCUCUGCUCGCCGCGCGCAGGGCGGGGCGCGGCUGGGGGGCGGGGGGCCUGGCCGCCCGCUGGGAGCUGCGGACGAGCAGGCGCGCCGCGGACCCGAGGGAGGACACGGUUAAAGCAUUGCUAUCAACUGUGAACCCAGAGAGCCCUCCUUAGCCAACACGCUAACUCCGAAGCCUCCGUUACGCCCCCGAACCACCGAAGGCGGCGACACCUGAUUCAGCGCACAAACACAGGUCUUUUCUGUCCCGGAUACAAUUACGCGGCAGACACACACUCAAACUCGCGCGGGGCAGCCAAGAGACGAGGUGAGCGGAGGGACCACGCCGUUCCAGGGGGCGGAAGGGGGGGCGGUCUAGGUGGAGGAGAGGGGCGUUGUUUGCUCCCUGAGCUAUGAAGUCUUACACUCCAUAUUUCAUGCUCCUGUGGAGUGCUGUUGGGAUAGCGAAGGCUGCCAAAAUCAUCAUCGUGCCGCCAAUUAUGUUUGAAAGCCAUAUGUACAUUUUCAAGACGCUAGCCUCAGCCUUGCACGAGAGAGGCCACCAUACAGUGUUCCUCCUCUCUGAAGGCAGAGACAUCGCCCCAUCUAAUCAUUACAGCCUCCAGCGCUACCCAGGGAUCUUUAACAGUACCACCUCAGAUGCUUUCCUACAGUCCAAGAUGAGGAAUAUUUUCUCUGGGAGAUUGACAGCAAUCGAACUGUUUGACAUACUGGAUCACUAUACUAAGAACUGUGACAUGAUGGUUGGCAACCAUGCCCUGAUCCAGGGUCUGAAGAAAGAAAAGUUUGACCUGCUGCUGGUGGACCCUAAUGAUAUGUGUGGAUUUGUGAUAGCUCAUCUUUUAGGGGUUAAAUAUGCUGUAUUUUCAACUGGACUUUGGUAUCCUGCUGAAGUGGGUGCUCCUGCUCCAUUAGCAUACGUCCCAGAGUUUAACUCACUUCUCACAGACCGCAUGAACUUGCUGCAAAGGAUGAAAAAUACCGGUGUUUACCUCAUUUCCAGAUUAGGGGUCAGCUUUCUGGUUCUUCCCAAAUAUGAAAGGAUAAUGCAGAAGUACAACCUGCUGCCGGAGAAGUCCAUGUAUGAUUUGGUUCAUGGGUCCAGCCUGUGGAUGCUGUGUACUGACGUAGCCCUGGAAUUCCCAAGACCCACUCUGCCUAAUGUUGUUUAUGUAGGAGGAAUCCUAACCAAACCGGCCAGCCCACUACCAGAAGAUCUCCAAAGAUGGGUAAAUGGUGCUAAUGAACAUGGCUUUGUCUUGGUGUCUUUUGGAGCUGGUGUCAAGUAUCUGUCAGAAGACAUUGCUAACAAACUGGCAGGAGCUCUGGGGAGAUUGCCUCAAAAAGUGAUUUGGAGGUUUUCUGGACCCAAACCAAAAAAUCUAGGAAACAACACUAAACUCAUAGAAUGGUUACCACAAAAUGACCUGCUUGGGCAUUCAAAGAUUAAAGCCUUCCUGAGCCAUGGUGGUUUGAACAGUAUUUUUGAAACUAUGUAUCAUGGUGUGCCUGUAGUAGGAAUUCCACUCUUUGGAGACCAUUAUGAUACUAUGACCAGAGUACAGGCAAAAGGCAUGGGGAUAUUGCUAGAAUGGAAGACAGUUACUGAAAAAGAGCUCUAUGAAGCACUAGUGAAGGUUAUCAAUAAUCCCAGCUACCGUCAGAGGGCCCAGAAGCUUUCGGAAAUUCACAAGGAUCAACCUGGUCACCCUGUCAAUCGAACUAUCUAUUGGAUAGAUUAUAUUAUUCGUCACAAUGGAGCCCAUCACCUACGUGCCGCUGUCCAUCAGAUCUCCUUUUGUCAGUAUUUUUUACUGGAUAUUGCCUUUGUGCUUUUGCUUGGUGCUGCCUUGUUAUACUUUCUCUUGUCUUGGGUGACAAAAUUUAUCUACAGAAAAAUCAAAAGCCUGUGGUCUAGAAAUAAGCAUAGCACAGUUAAUGGACAUUACCACAAUGGAAUCCUCAAUGGCAAGUACAAAAGAAAUGGCCAUAUUAAACAUGAAAAGAAAGUGAAAUGAGCCAACAGCCCAGGUGAUAGAAAUAAAUUGGUUCACUCAUUGAAUUUUUAUUGCUAUUAUUUAGUCUAACAGCUACUAAAAGUAAAACAUCAGUAAACAAUUCUAACAUGCCCUUAUGAGAUCUACUAAUGAAAUUCUGUGGAAUUAAGAUGGCUGUAAAAAGCACAAACCUAAAAUGCAGAAAUGUAUUUUAUUCAAAUACUGAUGUGUAGAGUUUUGGCACUGAACCUUUUAGAAGCCUUAAUUAUUUAAAUCAAUUAAGUGACUGUGUCAGACCUUAGUUUUAAAUCUUGAUAUGUGUGUGACCCGGAUCAGGAAUGGUUUCAUUUUUCUUAAUAACGUGUGUGUGUGUGUGUGUGUGUGUGUGUGUGUCCUAAUUAAGAGAAUUUUUACUGGCUGCUUGUUACAUUUGUUGAGGGUACAACACACUCAAGAAUAAAGUAAAAGGAUAGUCAGGAUCCAAAUGUUUCUUUUCUAGCAUUUAAUAUGUGUGAACUCAGAGCACUACUAUGAAAGAACACUUUCCCCCAAAACUGGAUGCAGAGGAAGAAAAAAAAAAGGCACAGUUUUUUGUAUUUUUUGUUUUAGUUAUUUUUGUUGUUGUUGUUGUUGUUUUUAUUGUUUUUCUUUUCUGAUAGAGUAUGGCCACUUCUGGGGGAAAAACAUGUAAUUAAGUAAAUGUAUACAUUGUUUUUCACAUUUUACUUUUGUUUUCCCACUACCAAUAAUUUUCCUCUGGAAGAAUUUUAUAGUUUUUUCUAUUUCAUUUCAAUGAGUAACAAUAUGUUAAAUGCAUAAUUAAGACAAAGCAAUGAAAUUCUGACUUUAUUCAAAGUACUGAAGAUUAUUGCUUCUAGGGCAUUUUUAAACAGCACCAUUGUAUUGUUGAAUGUUUAUGUAACCGAUGGCUUUUCUAUAAUGUAACUUUUGAAUGUUCAGGUGUUACGUUUCCAAAGUUUUACUUUUAAAAAACCAUCUUCUGAUCCCUUUUAUUGUCUGGGCCAUACAAUCUAUAUUACAUAGGUGCCAACAUUUAAUUCUUUUAAAUGGAACAUUUGCAGUUUUCCAUAUUGGUACCUGCUUUUUCUGGAGAGGUUUGAGAUCUUGUUAACAAAUCAGACUUUACACUAUAUAUAGACAUGACAGAUAAAUUGAACCACUUGUUUGUGAAAAUGAGUUCCUGUCAUCUUCCUCAUUCCCUCAGCCCUCACCCCAGCAGCCUUUUCUGGUCAUUGUGGCUGACAUGGAGCAGUGACAGUAUUCAUUUGAGAACAGGGAUGCAAGUCAUAGACAUCAUAAAAUCAGGGCCUCCCUGCUGAAGCAUUCACUAGUUGGCAACUAUGAAUUUAUUCCAUGUCAUUCUGUUUACUUAGCACUUGCACUACCCUUGUUGGUUGAGUGUAUGCUUUAUUUGUUUCUUGUUUUAAAUCCCACAUCUGAUAGCUGAGAGUAGGCAAAUACAACAUUUACCUAAUGUCAUUCACUAACAUGGAAGAGUUGUGAAAAUUCUAGAGUGCUGUAAAUCCUUGGCAUACACUAUGACAAACAACUUCAUUACUCUCCCACCAGGAGCUGCUCUCCUGCACUUAGAAAUAAUGUCACAAGUAGUUUUCUAAUGUACAAUGCAGACAAAUGUACUGCUCUCUGAAUACUUGAAGAAAUGGUAUUAUACAUACGUAGAAACUUAUUAGUUAUACCUUUUCACAAUCUUACUACGAUGUUGCCUUUAAAAGGGAAAAAAGACACAGGCAAUGAAUGGUGGGAUAGUAAGAGGACUUAGAGUGUAUGAAUGAGUUGAUUUUACUUUUUUGGAAUUUGAUUAAGUUGACAGUAGGCACUGAUUGGAUGAUUAAACAUAAGUUAAUCUCCACUGUGAUAAAAACUUAAAUAAUAAACAUAAUUUAAAAUAGAGAAGUGUUGUUGGAAUAAAAUUUUUAUUCAGAUUUUAUUUUAUAACAUUAUAUAUAUUCAUUUUAAACAUGUUUCUAAGACAGGUCUCCCAACUUUUGUAUGUAUUUAUGAGUGUGGAAACAACGUGUUAAAUGUGAGACUUUUUUUGUUGUUGUUAAACAGAGGGAUUUACCUUACAAGGACAUCGACAUGGAUCUUAAAAUUCUGUUCCAGAAUUAAGAAUGUUAAGUGUAGGUAUUUACUGAUCAUUGUUGUUUUUUUUUUUCUAGUAAGAUUAUUGUUAGACAGUUUUGGUAAAUAGGGUGAUUUUUAAAUUUUCCACACUUGGGCUAGAUUCUAUAAUAAAGUAAAGUUUUC